AUCCUGCCCCGCCCCCCCAUCCCUGCCGUUGUCGCCCCGCCGCUCCGGGGGCACGGCUGCCCUGCCUGACUGGAAAUUGACGCCGGCCUCGUUUUUCCGGGAGCGGCGGGCGCACUCGGGAGAGGCGAGCUCGCACUGCUUUGCUGCAGGCCACUGUAUUUUUUCGGACUUUUCUGUUUUCCCGUCUCAUUCUUUCCGCGCCCUCCCGCGCAGGCGUCCCUGCGAGCCGGCGGGGCCCUUGGGCGUUACGGCGGCGCAGAAAAGCCGGCGCGGGGCGGGGCGGGGCCUUUCGGCCGAGCCGUCGCAGCCGGUGCCCGCCCCGGCCCGCCAUGUACUACAAGUUCAGCGGCUUCACGCAGCGCCUCACCGGGGCCACGUCGUCCGCCGCCUACACCCCACAGGGACUCAAACCAUUAGCUCCCACUGAUUACCCACAUCUGAUUUUUGGGACAAGUAAACCUGCUCCAGGUUUAUCACCAGCUGAUUCUUUCUUGGGUAGAAACAAGGUGCCAUACCUACAGAAAGUUUUUCAGUCUGACUCGAAAUCAGAUGGACUGCCAGUACACCUGAAGCUGGGAUAUCCAGACAAGCUGCUCUAUCGGACCACGAUGGCUCUGACAAUAGGAGGGACUAUCUACUGUCUGGUAGCACUGUUCAUUGCCUCACAGCCAAAGAAACAAAAAUAAAUGAACCACACCUCAUGGGACUCUCAGAACUCCACUGAAGGAUAUCCUGCAUGACCACUUUGCACUUAAAUCUGUUCCCUGUGAUCACAUAGGGAUCGUUAUUCAGAUCGGAUUUCUUGAAGAAAAUGUUUUAAAAUCUGUUGCCUUAUGUAUUCUAAAACACCAAUGUAAACAGAGAAAUACAAUAUUUUAACAUAUGGUUGUAGUUUUUCUUGUGUUGCAGGAGUUAAUAAACAGUUGGAGAAAGUUAA